GGACCUGUGCCGGUCCCAGUGACGAUGGCGGUAUUUCACGACGAGGUGGAGAUCGAGGACUUCCAAUACGACGAGGACUCGGAGACCUACUUCUACCCCUGCCCGUGUGGGGAUAACUUCUGCAUCACCAAGGAAGAUUUGGAGAACGGGGAAGACGUGGCAACGUGCCCUAGCUGCUCUCUCAUUAUAAAAGUGAUUUAUGACAAGGAUCAGUUCACGUGUGGAGAGACAGUCCCAGCCCCUUCCACCAGCAAAGAACUAGUUAAAUGCUGAAGAAGACUUUUAGAUUCUAAAACCUGAACUUGGGGAAUGAGGCAAGCUGGAAAAGUCUAACACAGAGUCACCGGCUUCUUCACAGGGACAAUCAUUUUGUGGUUUGCUGUUCAUGAGAGUCGAUUCUUUCCAUUGGGCGCCAAGUUCAUCUCCUGUUGAAGAAGCAAGUCCACCACAUGACAUACCUGGAUUUUGUGCUUAAACUUUGAACUGGAAGUGUUUGCAUCCAAACAUAAAAGAAGAUAAUUUGAAAUCAGUGCUUUUUUCCCUCGGUUUUAUUUUUAUAUCUUUAUGACUUUGUUAUCUGACCUCAGCAUCAUCUACCUCAAAGCAUUAGUUUUCUUUAACUUAAAGAUUUUUAUUUUGGUCACUUACGAAGAUUUUUAAAAUCAGCCCUUUCUUUGCAGUUUAACAUCAGCUUUGCUGCUGUAAGCUAAAGGAAGUCAGUUGCCUCUGGUCCGUUGGGACUGCACCUUCUAGUCGCUCACCACACUGACCUUCAUCAGGGAUCUGUGUUCUGUUAAAUAUGCCAUUUCAUUAUGCUUCAUAUACUGGGUCCUGGUCGUGGUGCAAAGGAAGAAUAUACUGAGCUCACAAAGUUAGUGAGUUAAGAAGAAAAGUCAAAAAACAAAAUGGUCAAAGAAUAUGGACUUUGCUUAUCAAUAUUCUGUGUUUUCCUUGAAAAUCAGGACAUGAUAAAAAACAGCCAAAGAAAGUGAAACUGGUAACAGAAUGAUAGGAGAAAACUGUGCCUACUUAGUUAUUUAAUUAAAUGCUUGAGUGGUUUUGUGAGAUCAGUGCAACUAAUAUUUCUGUAUCUGGGUUCUUGGGUGUGUAUUUGUUUUUCAAUAAGGCUAAUGAAAUUUCACUCUAGUGGGGGUUAAUGUCAAGUCUUUGUGGUUGGCGGCUGUGCUUUCAGCACUACCACCAAAUCAAGUCACCAGUCCUAAAAGGUAAAGCUUUGAUAACAGCUCUUGUAUUUACUAAGGAUGAACUUGAAAAUGAGAUGCCUGUUCUAAUUAAAUAGGCCCCUGAGGGCAUAUAUGUGCUGCGCUUAGUUGCUCAGUUGAAUCCGACUCUGACCCCAUAGACUGCAGCCUGCCAGACUCCUGUGUCCAUGGGGAUUCUCCAGGCACGAAUACUAAGGUGGGUAGCCAUUCCCUUCUCUAGGGGACCUUCCCAACCCAGGGAUCAAACCCAGGUCUCCCAUAUUGCAGGCAGAUUCUUUACUGACUGAGCCACCAGGAAAGCCCAAGGGCAUAUAUAAUAAGCCUCUAUAAGCUGCAACCACACAUACAUUCACUCUUGCAGAGAAUAUUUGCCCUGGAGAAAAAGAAACAUACAAAGAUAGGCCAUUGGUCUUCCCUUGCCACAGCCGUGAGAGUAGCAAAAAAUAGAAUCACUUGCAUAGAAAUUCAAAAAUUCCCUUUAUGUACACACCUUUGUGUGUACAUAAAAUUAACUGAUGUCUGGUGGGUUGUUGUGGAAUUGGCUCCUGCAAUUAAUGAGAAAAAUAGCUUGCCAGAAUGUGAGCAUAUUAUCACUAAUAAAUGUGCUGUACAUUCAUUGGGGGUUUAAAUUAAAACAGGCCAGUGGCUUUUUUUCUCCUGCCAAUAGCAUGGCUAUGUGAAGCCAUUAGACUGAGAAGUAAAUUGCCAAAAAUUGCAUGCCAGAACUGCUUGGUACGUUAUAUGAAGUGUACAACGUGUUCUUGAUGUGUUAAGAAAUCACUGUCGGGGACACUGACACCCCAGAAGUCAUCCACAGUUGCUUUGAAACCAGUGAUGGCUCAAGUGAACAGAGCAGGGUGUGUGCUAACUGGUGGGGAUGAAUUGCAAAGAGAAAAAGACUGUCCCACACUCAGAUCUGAUGGUUUUGUAGAUACCGAUAACCGAUGAUGAAUUUCAAAUAAGAACAGACAUCUUUAAUGUCACUUCUGCUGUGAGCAUAAGAGCAGGAAGAAAAGGUGCCCAAGUCCAAAUGUCCCAGGAGACAAGCCAGUGGCACUGGUGAUCAGUGAUAUUCAAGAACAUGAUCACAGGCAUGAUUUCAUUCCCUAAAGCAACUGAGUCACUACAUCUGUUAACCACAAAGAACACAUCAGGAUUUAAUCCUAUGUUAAGCAGAAAGUAAAACCAGGGUCUUGCAGAUAUGACUAGAGUUCUGUGGUGUCCCUUGCUUAGCUUCACAGACAUUUCAGAGCCCCUCUGAGGACUGAUUUGUAAUCCAGGCUCUGUCACCUGCUAGCUUUGUAAUCUUUGGCAAGACCAGUGGGUUCCUCAUCUGUUAAAAUCAGGAGACUGAAUCGGGAUUUCUAAAUUCAGGACUAUAAUUUCAGGUUUUGUGGUUUGCAGGCACUGGAAUGGUAAUCGAAACCUUUCUAAACUAAACACUAAAGAUGACUUAACAGAGAAGGACACUCCAUUCUUCAGAAACUCCAUAUCAGAGGAUUCUGCAUAUACUUGAGUGUACACAUUCAGAAACCCUUUUUUUGGAAAGCACCCAACAUUUUUGAUAACUGUACAUACUAAUUUAUUAAUAGUUUAAACUGUGUUAGCAUGCCAAAUAAAGUCAGAUUAUUCACAUC